AUGGCUUCAGUGACGGCAAGAACAAAAGCUGGACAGAAAGCUUCAAACCUUGAUGCUGCUACUCUUUCAAUCAUCGGCGACUAUGACAUACAUUAUUCUUCAUCUGAGCAGCCUCACGCAGCGCAACAUACAAGCAGACUAGUCACCGUUGCUGGUCAGAUACAGCGGGAAGCACAACCAACCGAAUUUGAUCCCACCCUUGCACCGCACCCUUUGGUUAGCUAUCCUGUCUCCAACCCAGAUUGGUGGCAGAAAGCAUAUCGUCAAGUCCCGGCCUACCGCCCAGUCAAUAAGGACCUAGAUCGCGAGCAACGGCGGCAGAGCCCACUUUUCCAGGCUGUGGGCUUUUUCAUGAUUGCAGGAUGCUCUAUUAUUGCAAACUGGUCAUCGCUUUGGAGGAAUACGGCUGGGCAGCUGACUGAUUUUGGUGUUGGUAAAAUUGGUGGUGAAUUCUGA